GCGUGACACAGGUGCCCGCCAAUACCACUGCCAUCUUCCCUCAGCUGAGCCUCGCCGCCUCCCCCGCCGCUGUUUUUCCUGUCAGAACUCCUCACCCACGUUAAAAUGUCCGCCAAUCCUGUCUACUCCCCGUUCUUCGGCGCCAUGGGAGCUUCGGCGGCCAUGAUAUUCAGCGCCUUGGGCGCAGCAUAUGGCACAGCCAAGUCUGGUGUGGGCAUCGCAGCCAUGUCGGUGAUGCGGCCAGAGCUCAUCAUGAAGUGCAUCAUCCCCGUCGUCAUGGCGGGUAUCAUUGCCAUCUACGGUCUGGUUGUUGCUGUGCUUAUUGCUGGCAAGCUGGACUCUGCCAGUGCCGGCUACUCCCUCUACCAGGGCUUUGUACACCUUGGGGCUGGCCUCAGCGUAGGACUGUCUGGCUUGGCUGCAGGUUUUGCUAUUGGUAUUGUGGGUGAUGCAGGAGUGAGGGGGACAGCCCAACAGCCCCGCCUCUUCGUGGGUAUGAUCCUCAUUCUCAUCUUCGCUGAGGUGCUGGGUCUGUAUGGACUCAUUGUGGCCAUCUACCUGUACACCAAGACCUCCUCGUAAGGGCCUUGCCACUCAGCCACUCACCCACUCCCCAGGCAGCAAGUUGUGGGCAUCUGGCUCCUUCCUCCUCACCUUGGACCACCUAUGCCACGCCACUCACCUGCUCAUGGUGUGAUAAGUUGUGUGUACUUGUGUGUGUGACUGUGUGACGUGUGUUCGUGUGACGUUUUGUUGGUGGUGGUAAGAUGGUGCUAAUCUGCUGAGCCCUACUCCUCUUGCACUUCUUUCUCCUUAGAUUUUAUUAAAUUACACCACAGACAGUUGUAUCUAAUAAGAGCUACAGCUAAGAUCAUUCCUUCCUAAGAGCCCAUGCAACGUCUCCAUCAAACUGAGAAUAUUAAUGUACCUUAUGGGUCCUGCUGUCUGGGGGCUGUAGCAGGUCACGCACCAUCCUGUGCUGGGGGAGACUCGCCAAGCAUUGGGGUGUUGUUGCUGCCACUAAUACACAGGCACCACCGUCCCUUUGAGAUUGGGGACUUUGGAAAAUCCAUUAGCUUAGCUUACCUUUUGUGCAGUUAUACCAGUCCAGUUUUAGUAUUUCAGCCUUCUAGCUUCUCUCUGGUGUUUGGUGGGUUGCUUUAAGGAACAUCAAUGUGAGGGCUCCUCAGGAGAAGCUUGCCUGAAGCAUAUCAGUUGAGUAAGAGUUCAUCUUGUAAUUGUGUGUUGGUUACAUAGCUACUUCACUGCUUGCUUGGAGAACUCUUUAAUUUCAUGUUUGUUAGGAAUAUUUUAUCUGCUCACACUAUCAACAUUAAAUCCAAGUUACAAAUCAUUAUUAUAAGAAACCAAUAUACUUCACACACACACACACACACACACACACACAAUAAGAUUAUGCAUAAUUUGAUGGAACUAAGGUUGACCAAGUUGUUACUUUCAGCUGUAAUAUAUAGAUAUAUAUUUAUUUAGUCUGGCAGACCUAGUUAAUUAUGUUAUAUUGCUGCUACCACCACCACCAUGGUCACCAGUGGUUUUAAACUACUGCUAGUUGUUCAUUAUUCCCACUACUACUGACCACUAAUUUGGCCCUCAUUACAUGUAAGACUAUCUGUUGCUAGAAAAAUUUCUAGUGUGUAAUUGCUGUCCCCUUGUUUUCAGUGCUAUGUUUGAGAUCGUGCUUGUUGUCAGGUUGUUAGAGAAGUAUAAUAUAUUUAUUGUAGCAUAAGGUGCGUGGUAACGGAGGAUUGGUGGAAUGAGCGAGUUGUGGCCCUGAUCGAGCAGUAUUUCAGUGUUGUGGGGCAAACUGUUCCCAUCGGAUAAAAACUUUUAAUUUGUAAAACAUUGAAAGGUUGUUGAAUUGUACAUUAUGAAAGAAAAGACAUUUCAUUACUUUAUUUGUAAGUUAUGUAUUAUUAUUAUUUUUUUUUUUUUUUUUACAAAUAAUAUAUGUGGACAUAAUCUCGAACAGAGUAUAUUGCUGCUAGUACUGUAGUGACCCUCAUGUGGAUACUAUUAAUAAAGCACAAUUUAGCGGAGUAGAAGUUAGGAGGCAGGUUGUUACAUUCCAGUACAGUACUAGUGUAGCACUAUCGUAUGCCAGUCCUAACUUAUGUCAGGCAUCAAUCCUACCUACUCCAAAUUUGUAUAGAAUGAAGCUGAACUAACCAGGUUAGUCAUCCAUUUAAUUUGCUGUAAAUAUUUGUUUCUAACACUUCUGUGGACCAGAUAUCUGACCCGGGUUAAGCUAUGUAGAAUUGUUAGACAUUGGCCUUCAUAUUUGGAUACUCAUUUUGAUGAUUUGACUCAAUUACAAGGUAGCCAAGUGAUGUGUGCAUGAUUUAUUUAAAAUUGGGCUGCUUCUUACCCCUUCCUGGUACCAUUUGGUUGUAAGUGAUCCACACUGGUUGGAAUUGCUACCCUGUCUCUGCCUACAAACUAUCCUUAUGCCAGUAUAUAAUAACUGAAGUGAGUUUCACAAGGCCCAUUUAGUCAACUGUUCAAAACAAAUCACCAUUGGCAUCAUAUUUGGAUGCCUGAAGAGCAGGUCACCACUCACAGUGAACUUUUCGAUGGCAAAUCAUAUGUAACCUUGUGGCACUCAUGCUGUAACAGAUGUGAAAGGUAUGAGAUGACUUACUGAUUUUCAACAAGUGAGUGUCACUAGAAAUCCUUAGAAUCAAACCAAUAAUAUUUUAAUGAACUCUACUUUGAAGUGGAAUAAUUUUAAACAGCACAUGUUCACUGUUGGCCAUAUGAACACUCCUCAGAGACACCCCGCCUGAAUCCCUCCUCCUGAUUCCAAUGUUGCCUCCACGUGUAUGUCGCCUUCUAUAUAAUACCACAAUACUUGGUGUCAAAUGCUAUUAUACAAAUAUGUGUAAAGAGGAGGUCAAUAACAUAAAAAAGCAGUUCAAGUCUAUAAUCCUGUCCUUUCCUGUUUCCCGGUCCCUAACCCAAUAACCCUUCAGCUGGUUAAAAUCAAUGUCUGAAUGUAAUGUGUGUUGUAUUCAGUGCAGCAGAAGUACCUUGUCUGUACAGUAACUCUAGCACUAGAUUGAUGUAAAAAUCAUUCAUUAAAGUAAAUGUUCCA